AUGUUUCAGUAUUCCUUUGUUCCCGGCGUGCUACGGUUCAUAAGGAAACUCCUCAACGACCCCCCUCAGAUAUGGUCGACGAACAUCAAAGGGAUUUCACCUGGACGACUUCAAGCCCGAAACUAUCUAGAGGGACUCAGUAAAAGGUUUUGCCUAGGAUCAUGCAAGAAGGCAGUUGUGUCACUUGUCGAGCAACGUCAUCGCUUGAGGAUAUGGCACCACAACGCAGAUGCACCCCUCGACAACAUCAGCUCGGGUCCCAUUGGCCUCGACAGCUCCGUCUGUCUCAGCACGAAAGUUGCCAAGCAACGUGUCCUCAGACAUGACUUCAAUGCUGAACAAUGCACAACUUCGAUCGCGAAUGGCAAAUCUACACCACACGACAAAUGCCUCACUAGCAGGAAACAUCGCCAUUUCGCCCCCGAGACCUAG